AUGAGCACCCCCAGCGUCGGCUUCACAGUCUUCCAAGUCCCGGGCGCGCGGACGCCCAAGCGCCCCACCGGCGCGCGUCUCGGCGGCGGCCCCGUGCUCCCCAACGCCCCCAAGACCCCCUCCAGCAACAACAACAACACUACUACUACUACCAACAACAGCACCAGCAGCAGCAACAGCAAUAACAGCACUGUCACUACCACCAGCAGCAACAGCACUGCUGCCACUACCAGCACAGCCGCUACCUCUACCGCUCCGUCCACAGGUGCGCUCUCGUCGGGUCUCACGCUGCUCCCGCCCCCGGCCGACCGCACGCAGCGCCACAGCACCACAACGUUCGCCGUGUUUCAGCCGCCGGGCGGCCUCCAGUCGAUCCUCCAGCGGUCCGGUGCGCCCCCCGUGUCGCUCAACGCGCCCUACAGCGGUACGUCGGGCAGCGGCAGCACGGGCAGCCACAGCUCCACGGGGAGCGCGGGCGCCAAUGGUCUGCGCCUCGCGACGCUGCACGCGCUGACGAGAGACGACGACGACCAGUCGCGCGGCGGCAUGAGUUGGAUGCGCACGGGCCGUACGAUCCGCGUGAGGGACUCGGGCGACAGCUUCCGCUUCCCGCUCGAGACAGAGCAUUUGCCCACGACGUGCGUCUCGGCCGCGCAGUUUGCGCAGCUCGAGCGCGAGCUCCAGCGCAUUGCCGACACGCACGUCAAUGCAGCAGCCACGUGGCUCGACAACCCCACGCAGUGUGCCCCGUACCGCGGCCAGAGCUGGAAGCCGUACGUCGAGAAGAAGCAGUGCGUCGUGUACCGCUUGAAAGAAGCGGCCGACGCCAGUAACUUGCAGCGCCGUGCGCUGCUGCGCGCCAAGUUGGACACGUCGCUGGACGAUCUCGAGUACGCUGUCACGUGCGCGACGACCGACGACCAGCGGCUGUACAUGUCGCACUGCUACCAGGACAGCUUCUUGGACGCGGCCGUGUUGCAAGUGCACGAGCGCGCGACGCGCGACGACGCGUUCCGCUUCCUCGGCAUCAAGUGGCUGGCGUUCCAGAGCGCUGUGGACUCGGUCUUUAGCUGCCGCGACGCCCUCGUGGUCGAGUUUGCCACGACUAUGGUCGACGCCACUGGCCACAAAGUGCUCGUCAAGGUCCAGCGGAGCAUCAGCAUGGCCGAGUGCAAUGGCAGCGAGCGCAGCUUUGGCUUUGCCCGCACGACGGGCACGUGGGUGUGGCUGUUUCGGAGCACGGCGGGCGGGAAAGUCGACGUCUCGGUCGUCUCGGAAGACCGCUUUGACAGCAGCCGCAGCACGCCGAGCUGGUUCGCCAACCGCGUCUUGUCGACGCUGCACACGGUGGCCGUGAACCACGCGACCGCAGCCGACGCCAAGUUCCUCGUGCGGGGCCGCAUGAUCACCAACAGGCCGUGGGUGCCCAACAACGAGCGGCCGGCGUGUUUCGUGUGCUUCAAGAGCUUCAACUUGCUGCGGUCGCGUCACCACUGCCGCGUGUGUGCCGAGAUCAUGUGCGGCGCGUGCACGAUCGAGCUCGGGAUCCAGGCCUGCAAACUGCCGUUGGGCAUGCUGCCCGAGACGGGCAACGGCCUGAUCGUCAGCGUCGAGAAGUUCUGCCUCCGAUGCGUCAACCGCGCGAGACAGGAUCGACGGAGUGCACUGGCUGCUGCAAAGAGCGCUGGGACGCUGGACCUCGCGGCGGACGAGGGCUUUGAAAGCGGUGUGCCCAUUUCCUACGCGUCUCGCGCGAGUGAGCUCGACUAUAGCCACGUGUCGCUUGCGCGAGGCUUGAGCUUGGACCACGCGGCCGAGCGAGAGCUGCAGUUGCAGCAGCAGCAGACCCACUCGCUUGCGUCGUCAUCGUCGUCCACGAGCUCACGCAGCGGCACGAACGGAGACAAGUCGGGCAUCUCGUUUGCAGGCUGGUCCACGAAGGUCCUGUCGGCCAUCAACCGCGAAAAGACAGCCGAGUGUGCCAAGAGCCAGCCAUCGCUCGUCACGCUUACACCCGCUAGCUCCAGCCGGAAUCUGAUGGACGCAGGUGCGUGCACGCCCCGCAGCAUGCGGCGAGCACUGGAUGACCGGCGGCGACUCAACUCGGACGCGUCUGGUUGCACGACGAGUAUCAGCUCGCUGAGCGACUGCGAUAGCAAUUCGGACCUGAUGAGCCGCAGGACGGAUCGCGACCCGAUUUGCAGCGACACGGUCGUGUUACUAGAAGAGCCCAGCGAGGUGCUGCACGUGACGCCGCUGCCGACAUCGUUCACGAAGAUGGAGGAGCAGAUAGCGGCUCAGCAGGCCUUGUUGCGCUCGAUGUUUAUUGAAGGCAAGAAGAUCAUGGAGCAGCAGCAGGGGUACAGCCGACAAGUGCACCCUGCGCAAGACCAGCGUUACGGCAGCCAGAGGCAGCCACCGAAGAGCUUGGGCGACAAGGAUAGACUUGCUCUGCUGCCGCCGUCGUCGUCGACUUCUAUCGAGUACAUUGACUGA